UUCUUUAGAUCUCAAAGUUAGAUGCUUUUCGAAGUUUGCUCAUCUGGGUUUUGCUCCAAAUCUCAAACUCAUCCAUCGGGUUUAUUGAGAAGCAAACUCAGAUCUUUAAUGACUGAGGAAACGAAGGAGAACCAGCGACCUGCUCCUCGUCUUAAUGAGAGGAUCCUCUCUUCCUUGUCUAGACGCUCCGUAGCUGCUCAUCCCUGGCACGAUCUUGAGAUUGGCCCUGGAGCUCCACAGAUUUUCAACGUGGUGGUUGAGAUCACAAAGGGAAGCAAGGUCAAAUAUGAACUUGACAAAAAGACUGGACUCAUCAAGGUGGAUCGUAUUCUCUACUCAUCAGUUGUUUACCCUCACAACUAUGGUUUCGUCCCUCGCACACUUUGUGAAGACAAUGACCCUAUUGAUGUAUUAGUCAUCAUGCAGGAACCGGUGCUUCCAGGUUGUUUCCUGCGUGCCCGAGCUAUUGGAUUAAUGCCUAUGAUUGAUCAGGGUGAGAAAGAUGACAAGAUCAUUGCAGUUUGUGUUGAUGACCCUGAGUACAAGCAUUACACUGACAUCAAAGAACUUCCUCCUCACCGUCUCUCUGAGAUCCGUCGUUUCUUUGAAGACUACAAGAAGAAUGAGAACAAGGAAGUUGCAGUUAAUGAUUUCCUGCCAUCUGAGAAAGCUAUUGAAGCUAUCCAGUACUCAAUGGACCUUUAUGCUGAAUACAUUCUCCAUACCCUGAGACGUUGAAGCUUCUUCUCCUCGGAACAUUUCUGCAACGUCUUUGUUUCUGUUUCUUUCAAUGAUAUAAUAAGAAGCAAAAUUGAUACUUUCUCUGCAUUUUCUUGUUGACUUUGGAUUUUUAUCAUUUUCUCCUUGUGUAACUCAAUAAUUUUGUUUUAAAUCUUCUUUGGGGCAUUUUAACGUUUGGUUCA